GAACCAAGCGCAGACGAGCCUGUUUCCGGCCGGAAGUGUGAGUGUCGCACCCCAUAAGCAGCGAGGACCGACACACGCCAUUGUAUGAAUUUGUAGCGUUCGCGUCUUUUACGUUUAGUUUUAUUAAGGUUUUAUGUGCGGAUAGAUUUAACAGUCUCUUGUUAAAUCAUCGACUCCCGUUUUAAGGACAAACGUUUUAUUUACAAUCAAGGACAUGGCAUCAGAUUCGUGGGCCCAGGCUGUCGAUGAACAAGAAGCCGCAGCGGAAUCGAUAGGCAGCUUGCAAAUAAAUGAAAAAGAUGACAAGCUGAAAGCUGAAGCAAAUGGGGCAAAGACAGAAGGCAAUGGAGAGAAGACCGAGGACGAUGAUAAAGACGACAAGGCGGCACAGUCACUACUGAAUAAACUGAUCCGCAGUAAUCUAGUGAACACGACCAAUCAAGUUGAAGUCCUUCAGAGGGAUCCGAGCUCUCCGCUCUACUCCGUCAAGUCGUUUGAAGAGCUACGAUUGAAACCUCAGCUGCUGCAAGGAGUGUAUGCCAUGGGUUUCAACAGGCCCUCCAAAAUCCAGGAGACUGCGUUGCCCAUGAUGCUUGCAGAACCUCCACAGAAUCUGAUCGCUCAGUCUCAGUCAGGCACGGGUAAAACAGCUGCCUUUGUGCUGGCCAUGUUAAGUCACGUGGACCCUGAAAACAGAUGGCCUCAGUGUCUGUGUGUGUCCCCCACAUACGAGCUCGCCCUACAGACGGGCAAGGUCAUCGAACAGAUGGGCAAAUUUUACCCUGAAGUCCAACUGGUGUACGCCAUUAGAGGAAACAAAUUGGAGCGGGGGACAAAAUUACAGGAACAGAUCGUGAUUGGCACUCCUGGUACUGUUUUGGAUUGGUGCCAAAAGCUUAAAUUCAUCGACCCCAAGAAGAUCAAGGUGUUCGUCUUGGAUGAAGCUGAUGUCAUGAUCGCCACACAGGGCCAUCAAGACCAGAGCAUUCGUAUCCAGAGGAUGCUUCCUAAAACCUGCCAGAUGCUGCUGUUCUCUGCCACAUUUGAAGACACCGUGUGGAACUUCGCAAAGAGGAUCGUUCCCGACCCCAACAUCAUUAAACUGAAGCGCGAGGAGGAAACUCUGGACACCAUCAAGCAGUACUACGUCAUCUGCAACAGCAAGGAGGAGAAAUUCCAGGCUUUGUGCAACAUCUACGGAGCCAUUACUAUCGCACAGGCCAUGAUCUUCUGCCACACCAGGAAAACCGCCGGGUGGCUGGCAGGAGAGCUGUCCAGAGAAGGCCACCAGGUGGCGCUGCUCAGCGGAGAGAUGCAGGUGGAACAGAGGGCAGCGGUCAUUGAACGUUUCCGUGAUGGCAAGGAGAAAGUUCUCGUUACCACUAACGUCUGUGCUAGAGGUAUUGAUGUGGAGCAAGUUUCAGUCGUCAUCAACUUUGAUCUGCCGGUGGACAAGGAUGGAAACCCUGACAACGAGACGUAUUUGCACAGAAUCGGGCGUACUGGGCGAUUCGGCAAGAGGGGGUUGGCGAUCAACAUGGUGGACAGCAGAUUUAGCAUGAAUAUCCUCAACCGCAUCCAGGAGCACUUCAAUAAGAAAAUCGAGAAGCUGGACACAGAUGAUUUGGAUGAAAUUGAGAAAAUCGCCAACUGAGCGGCUGUCUUUGUUCUUCUAAUAGGACUGUGCUCACGCUACAUUUUAAUUCAGAGGCUGGAAGCAGAGCUGUGCCGGAGAGGAUGUUUACAUGUGGAGCAGUUUUAUCUCGGAUGAUGUUUUUAUAGGUUUUGUUUAAAUGCAUUUCACUCUUUGUACUUCUUAAUAAAUUCUGAAUGUCUAGUCUUAACGUCACGUGUACGGGAAUGCUACAAUAGCGGUCCAGGAUAGUGGCACAAGGAAUAUGCCUUUCAAUAUAUCCACAAUUUCAUCAUGAACAUUUUAAAUUGACUUUUAACAGCCUGCCUUCACACAAAAAAUUACAUUGACUGUUAUAUUGAUUUCAUGGGACUCCAAACCAAGGACUGAAAUUGUCAUAAUUGCGGAUGAGAUUUUUGUGAAACGAGCUGAAUUUUGUGAAAGUGUGCAGAGUGCUACGCUUCAUGAAAAACGUGCAUUUUCAGUCAAGUUUAUUUGUGUUGUAUGAAUUUGAUUUGGUGUGAAACUCCAAACUAGGAGUCAAAAUGCAGGGUUUAUUUAACAUUAUGAGAGAUUGCUGUUAUUGUGUUAUACAUUAAUACUUGAUACCUCAUGACACUGCCACAGAAGGGAUGCUGGCAGUUAUUGGCUUCGAAUUAAACUGAAACAGUUGCCAAAAUCCUUUUAUUGGUAUGAAAUUAUGCAAAAGCCAAAGAUUUGUGCCUCCAUUGGCUUCGCCAGUAUUUAACAUGGAAUAACACAAACGUAUCUAUUCAUCAUGUACAAAUAUUGUCAUAUUUAAUAAGUACAAAGAGUGAAACUGUUGUUGUAUUUAACAGAUGCAGAUGCGUCACGGCAUUCGUUGUAAGAGUGCUCUGGAGCAGAGGCAUUAUUUGUGUUCCCGGUAACAGACUGCAUUGAAUUGGAAAUGAUCAGGUUCACGUACACAAAUGCAACCGAAGGCUGUGCCACAUUCCCAUUUGCAGCCGCCUUAAAAAUGAAAAAGGCACAUGUGAGCGCAUCCUCUACAAUCUCACUGUAUUCUUCAGGGUAGCCAUAGAAAAUGAUUAUUUUAUAUUAUGGGACGUUUUAAUUUAACCACUUGAAACUCAACUGACACUGCACUCGGCUCCAUUAUAUAUGCAUUAUGAUAGACGUAUAUUUUAUUCGUUGGUAUGCGAAUAGUGAGGUUGGGGUAAAGUGUGUCAGUCGCAUCUUUGAAGGGAAGACUUUUCUUGAUAAAGAAUUACUAGAUUAAAUAUAUCUCCUGAUGCCUUGUUCAUUUUCUCAGUUUGGUUCAAGCUGUCAAUCAUACCUGUUACGAUGAUGUUAAAUAGAGGGUUUUAUUUUGAAAUUUCAAAUUUAAAUUUGAAAUCUGAUUAAAGACUAUCUAGAAACCAACACUUGAUCUGGUGUCGCAUCAGAUAAUAAAUGGACUUGUCUCUGUUAUCAAACACAUUCCUGCAUAAUCAUUGCAUUUUUUUUUUUUUUUUUUUAUUAGUAUUUGACUGAAAUACCCAUAAUGCUUGAGGACAAUUCAAUAAUGAUGUUUCCACAGCACCAUGAGGCUGCUCAUAGCAGUUUGUCAUGUUCACCUCAAUGAAGAUGUUUUUGUAACAUUCACUCUCAUUCAUUUAUGUGAAAAAUGUUUUGAUAUUUUUUUUCAACAAACAUGCACUUACAGCUGACAAAUCAGCCUUUUGAAAUGAUUAAUAAUUUCCAUGUUUCACCUCAAUUGAAUGUUGAUGACAAAAAAGUAUGUAUCUCUUUAAAAGUGAUCUGUCAUGACAGAUUGGGUGUGUUUGGAGCGGAUCAGUGACUGUCUGGAUGUUACAGGAUGAGGAAUGCUUGCUUGCCGCAGAUCUUGAUAAAACUGUUUAACAAAUCCAGCACCUCUCAGGUCUGCUGCUUUUGUGGUGAUACUGAUGUCUGAAUGAUGUGUGCUAGAAUAAAACUACGAAUCAAAGUAUCUUUGACCAAC